CUCAGAAAUCAAUUCUCUAAUCUAAACCCAGUUGAAAGAUUCUUUAGUUCAUUCUAAUAUCUUUUUCUCUCUUCACUCCAUUUUUGUACAACAAUGGCACCUACUCACUUCCAACAACAGAAUGGUUCGAUGGAGAGCUUGUGCAUUAGCCAAAACGAUCCACUCAAUUGGGGUGUGGCCGCAGAUUCCCUCAAGGGAAGCCAUCUCGAUGAGGUGAAGCACAUGAUCGAGGAGUAUCGGAGGCCUAUUGUCAAGAUUGGUGGUGAAAGUCUCACCAUUUCUCAAGUGGCUGCCAUUGCCACUCGAGACUCUGAUGUUAUUGUUGAACUUUCUGAGUCUGCUAGAGCUGGUGUUAAGGCUAGUAGUGAUUGGGUUAUGGAAAGCAUGAAUAAAGGGACGGAUAGUUAUGGUGUUACUACUGGGUUUGGUGCUACAUCUCAUAGAAGGACCAAACAAGGUGGUGCUCUCCAAAAGGAGCUUAUUAGAUUUUUGAAUGCUGGGAUUUUUGGAAAUGGAGCUGAGUCUGAUCAUACUUUGCCCCACUCGGCUACAAGGGCGGCCAUGUUGGUGAGAAUCAAUACUCUUCUUCAAGGCUACUCGGGUAUUAGAUUUGAGAUUUUGGAAGCUAUAACCAAACUUUUGAACCACAACAUUACUCCAUGCUUGCCUCUUCGUGGAACAAUUACUGCCUCUGGAGAUCUUGUUCCUCUUUCUUAUAUAGCUGGACUGCUCACUGGGCGACCCAACUCCAAGGCGAUUGGACCCAAUGGAGAACGUAUGGACGCUAAGGAGGCUUUCCAACAAGCUGGUAUUCCUUCUGGGUUUUUCGAAUUGCAGCCUAAGGAAGGUCUUGCUCUAGUUAAUGGUACUGCUGUUGGUUCUGGAUUGGCUUCUAUUGUUCUCUUUGAGGCAAAUAUUUUGGCUGUUUUGUCAGAAAUUCUAUCUGCUAUUUUUGCUGAGGUCAUGCAAGGAAAGCCAGAAUUUACUGAUCAUUUGACUCAUAAGUUGAAGCACCACCCAGGUCAAAUUGAAGCAGCAGCAAUUAUGGAGCACAUUUUGGAUGGAAGCUCUUACAUGAAAACAGCCAAGAAAUUACAUGAAAUCGAUCCCCUCCAAAAACCCAAACAAGAUCGUUAUGCUCUAAGAACUUCACCUCAAUGGCUUGGUCCGUUAAUUGAAGUUAUUCGAUUCUCUACAAAAUCUAUUGAGCGAGAGAUUAACUCGGUCAAUGACAACCCUUUGAUUGAUGUUUCAAGAAACAAAGCAUUGCAUGGAGGCAACUUUCAGGGAACACCGAUUGGAGUUUCCAUGGACAACACUCGGUUGGCCAUUGCUUCUAUUGGGAAGCUCAUGUUUGCCCAAUUCUCUGAACUUGUUAAUGAUUUCUACAACAACGGUUUGCCUUCUAAUCUUUCUGCAAGUAGAAAUCCGAGUUUGGAUUAUGGGUUUAAAGGAGCUGAAAUUGCCAUGGCUUCAUACUGCUCCGAGCUUCAAUACCUUGCAAAUCCAGUGACAAGCCAUGUUCAGAGUGCCGAGCAACACAACCAAGAUGUUAACUCUCUAGGUUUAAUUUCAUCAAGGAAAACAGCUGAAGCCAUUGAUAUUCUUAAACUCAUGUCAUCUACAUUUUUGGUUGCUCUUUGCCAAGCAAUUGACUUAAGGCAUUUGGAGGAAAACUUGAAGAGUACAGUGAAAAGCACUGUUAGUCAAGUAGCCAAGAAAGUUUUAACCACGUGCUCUAAUGGUGCACUUCACCCAUCAAGAUUUUGUGAAAAAGAUCUACUCAAAGUUGUUGAUAGAGAGUACACAUUUGCUUAUAUCGACGAUCCAUGCAAUGCUACUUACCCAUUGAGUCAAAAGUUGAGACAAGUUCUCGUUGAGCAUGCACUUGCAAACGGUGAUGAUGAAAAGAAUGCAGACACUUCAAUCUUUCAAAAGAUUGUUUUAUUCGAGGAGGAACUAAAAGCAUUAUUACCCAAAGAAGUUGAAAAUGCAAGGUUGGCCUAUGAGACUGGGAACUCCAAGAUUGAAAAUCAAAUCAAGGAUUGUAGAUCGUAUCCAAUAUAUAGAUUUGUGAGAGAAGAGUUGGAAACAAAAAUGCUAACUGGAGAAAAAGUGAUAUCUCCAGGAGAAGAGUGCGAGAAAGUAUUCAUAGCUUUGUGUCAAGGCAAGAUGAUAGACUCGAUCUUAGAGUGUUUGAAGGAGUGGAACGGUGCUCCAAUUCCAAUUUGCUAAUCCAUUUUGCAGCACAUGGAACAGCGGAUCAUUCGUCAACAUUAAUGAAGAUAUUCAUAGGAUGAAUUUGUACUUUUAGUUUAAUUUUCCUUUCAUUUUCCUAUCUUAUUUUCGUUUACUAAAAUGAAUAAAGGAAUAACAUUCUAUUUGAUAAA